AAACUCUGUUCGAGAUGUGGUAUCCACUCGGCUCGCUUCCUCUUAGAUCAAAGGUUGGUCCAUCUGCUUUGUCCCCGAAGUGUGGUUUCCCUGAGAUCCCAAGUUUAGGGGAUCCCUCGUGCACGAUUUAUUUACCUAGAUCGUCAGGAAUGGUCACCGAGUGAAGAUUCACAUCCCCUCCUCGUCGCCAAAUGUCGUGGAAUUUUUUUUCCACACACAAGUCAGAGUUAGUUAUCACAAAGUCCAUCUUUAAUUAUAUGAGCUCUAUCACAACCCUGUGACUCUCAGAUCAAUUCAGUGUCUAUCAAUGAAUUCUCUGAGAGAGUCCCUCACACAUUGUUACUGAGAUAGCAAAGACACACAUAUCCAGACAGCAUAGGCAUAAUUUAUCAUUCAGCUUUGUCUCCUAAACUAUGUUAUUUUCUCAAACUCAGAACCAUAAACCAAUCCUCCAUAUCAACAGGCAUAUAUCAAAUCCAUCCUAUCUUGACAAGAUCACAGAGACACACUGACUGGCACACAGACAUUGUGGAGCCAAGAGAUACACGCUUGACCUCUCCCCUCUCUCUGGCCCAAGCAACUUAGUCUUGACAUAGAAUAGAUACUGGAACCCCGCCACAGUAUUAUACAAAAAUAACAUUCUGAUGAGAAGUAACUUACAAACAUAUGAUGAAUAUAAAACAUCUUACCUAUGUUACCAACCAAUUCUGAUUAUUCCCCAACAACACGCUUACCGAAUCAGCGUAUUCGUCAAUGUUGUUGUUUGACGCAAUACGAAACAUAUCCCAGUCCACGUGAUGGAAGCAGUCUUGGAGCGUGGAAUCAGAUUGGUCGGACCAGCGUUGAACAGACCUGAGCGCGGGAGCUUCUUGUUUUAGCUUCUGUCUGUAGGCAGGGAGCAACAAAAUGGAGUCGUGGUCAGCUUUUCCGAAAGGAGGGCGGGGGAGGACCUUAUAUGCGUCGCGGAAGUUAGAAUAGCAAUGAUCCAAGGUUUUACCAGCCCUGGUUGCGCAAUCGAUAUGCUCAUACAAUUUAGGGAGUCUUGUUUUCAGAUUAGCCUUGUUAAAAUCCCAAGCUACAAUGAAUGCAGCCUCAGGAUAUGUGGAUUCCAGUUUGCAAAGAGUCAAAUAAAGUUAGUUCAGAGCCAUCGAUGUGUCUGCUUGAGGGGGAAUAUAUACGGCUGUGAUUAUAAUCGAAGAGAAUUCCCUUGGUAGAUAAUGCGGUCGACAUUUGAUUGUGAGGAAUUCUAAAUCAGAUGAACAGAAGGACUUGAGUUCUGCAGAGGGAAGAUGUGUGUUGAGGAAGAGUGGCGCCAAGUACAAACCAUAUUCUGCUGUCUCUGAUGGCUCAGAAAGUGAACCUGACAAUAGUGAGGAUGAAUUACCUGUGGUGGCAGGUUUUCGUCGAAGACCUCAGAAUCCGAGCCUUGCCCUGAUGGUCAUGCAAAGGAUGAUUCGGGCCUAGUGGGAGUGACAUCUAGCAUGUUUUUGGGUCCACAUAGCCUGUUUAGUUGUUGACAUGCAAAUAGGCAUAUAUUUUCCCAUGCUGUGCCAUAGCCUAAGUUCUCCUCUUUUCAUUACAGAACCACAAUUAGUAUCAGAGAGAGAGAGAGAGUGGUGUUGUGUGUGUGUGUAACAGUAUAACUUUAGACCGUCCCCUCGCCCAUACCCGGGCGCGAACCAGGGACCCUCUGCACACAUCAACAACAGUCACCCACGCGGCCCUUGCAGAGCAAGGGGAACUACUACUUCAAGGUCUCAGAGCAAGUGACGUCACUGAUUGAAACGCUAUUUAGCGCGCACCGCUAACUAAGCUAGCCGUUUCACAUCCGUUACACUCACCCCCCUUUUGACAUCCUCCUUUUCCGCAGCAACCAGUGAUCCGGGUCACGGCACCAAUGUAACAGUAUAACUUUAGACCGUCCCCUCGCCCAUACCCGGGCGCAAACCAGGGACCCUCUGUACACAUCAACAACAGUCACCCACGAAGCAUCGUUACCCAUCGCUCCACAAAAACCGCGGCCCUUGCAGAGCAAGGGGAACUACUACUUCAAUGUCUCAGAGCAAGUGACGUCACUGAUUGAAACGCUAUUUAGCGCACACCGCUAACUAAGCUAGCCGUUUCACAUCUGUUACAUGUGGAUCUUCAUUAAAUCCUUGAACUGGAACAACUGCUUUCUCGUGUUCUGAACGGGCACCUGGUGGUGGUUGCUACCGGCCUACAUUUUUUUAUUGAUCCUUCGAAUUCAUAAACAACCCAUAUUUUACACUGUCCUUUUGAGUUGUGAAUGUCAGUUAUCCAGGGAGAGCAUUUGUGCCGAACCCACUAAGAUUUUCAGAUGCCUAGUUUAUGGUCAUGUUGCAGAAGUGUGUUGGAGGGAGAUUCCGAGAUGUGAGAUGUGUGCAGGAGGGCAUGGGACAAAGGAAUGUGUAGUAUCGGUGGAAAAUCUGUGCGUCCAUUGUGGGGGUGUCCUGUGCGAGAGGUUGAGAUUGCCAGGGUCUCAGGCAGUGACGAGUUUAGAGGAUGAUGGGUCAAGAGUGAGUUGUAGGCCUAGGCCAAUACAGAAUGUUACAAAUUUGUGCUUAAGUAAGAUUCUUACUUUUGCAUUCAUUGCAUUGGUUAUCAUCUGUACUGCAGAAAUGUAACGUAAAUCAUAGAAAAUAGAUUUUGUGGUGGCAGCUGCAGAGAAUUACUUGGGCGUAUUGGAAGUUUUACUGCAGAAGAGUUACAAUGUGUGUUGAACGAAGGACUCCCCUCCUCCCAGGCUGUCAGCCUGGUGUAGAAUCAGUUAGGGGAAAAGUAGUGGAAUAGGGUAGUGAUUUUAUUUAUUAAAUAGUGACAUAUGUGUAUGGUUACUUGGUGGUGCAAGUUUUUCACUUUUGCGUCACAAAAGGUAAGGUGAUUCAAUACACACUACCGCACAGUAGGUGGCAGCAUGCAUUAACUAAAUGUGCGAACGCCAUUAUACCGAAGUAGAAGAAGGAGUCUUGGCUACCUCCCCUUUGUUGGGUGCUGCGCCAUUUCGUGCAGGGUUGGAAACAGCUUAUUUUAGCCGCAAGAAGACGACCGUAGAACUAGCACUAAUGACUGAUUUAGCUGAAAUAUAAGCCAUUUAAAUAUUUAAGCUCCCGUAUAAGUCGUGGGGUGAAGUUCUGCAUUCUGAGGGUGCUGCUGGAGUUGUAGUUUUUGCUGAGAGCACCCAAGACACCUGCCUGCACACACUGGCCUUGCCCUCAGUGUCAAAGAACUGACAGACGACCGCCGUGCACAAAGACGCUAUGGAUCGGUCCCCCACCACCAGUGCCCUGAUGGCCAGCAACGUGACCAACAAGACAGACCCUCGCUCACUCAACUCCCGGGUCUUCAUCGGAAACCUCAACACGCUACUGGUCACCAAGACUGACGUGGAGGCCAUCUUCAGCAAGUAUGGCAAGAUCGUGGGUUGUUCUGUGCACAAGGGCUUUGCCUUCGUCCAGUUCGUCAACGAGAGAUGCGCCCGGGCUGCCGUAGGGGGUGAGGACGGACGCAUGAUCGUGGGACAGGUGCUGGACAUUAACUUGGCCGGAGAACCCAAACCCCACAGGUCAAAGACCACAAAGCGCUCUGCGGGAGACAUGUACAGGUCCGAUUCAAUUCCCACAUUUGAUCUGGACUAUGACUUCCAGAGAGAUUACUAUGACCGAGUGUACUCGUACCCGUCCCGCGUGCCCCCUCCUCCUCCACCCCUGUCCCGAGCAGUGAUCCCAUCCAAGCGCCCGCGGGUCAGCAUGACUGGAGGGGGUAGCCGCCGCACCAAGGCCAGUUUCUCCUCCAAGAGCAGCCAGAGGGCAUCAAGAACAAUGAAAACAGUUGACCUGCAGACCAUCAAGAAGGAGCUGACGCUGAUUAAACACAAAGUAGACUACCUGCUGGAGAGCCUAGGCCGCAUGGAGAAGGACCACGGCAAGAAGUCAGAAGGGAAAGGUGCCAAGCCUGAACCUGGAGCGGUGUCCUCAAUGCAGCACUCCAGCAACAAGAAGGAGGAGAGCAUCAAGAGGGAGAGGGAGAACCAGGAGCUCAAUGACUCUGAGGAGGGGGACCUGCUAGAAGAGGAGGUAAAGAGUCAAGACAGGGAUGAUGAUGAUGACGACGAAGAGGAGGAAGGAGAACAUGUGGAUGGAGACGAUGGUGACAGUGUCAACGGAGAUGAGGAUUCAUAGACAGACGGAUGCACACUUGUACAGACAAACACAUCCACAACUUCCAGUGGGACCUCCGACUCCUAUUUUAAUUCCCACACUAUGAAAUGUCACUCACCUGCCCCCACUACCACCCUUCCAUUGUCCCACAGGUAUAUAUUUUUUCUUGACGCAGUUUAGUUUGUCCCCAUUUCAGCCCCCUCCUAUCAUUGUUAUACAUCUAGCAUUGUCCUGCAGCCAAUUACAUUGGAACUAGCUGUAGGUAGCAAGCAGUAAUGCGUGAUUUGCUGUGCUGCUGUUCCUUUUUUUGACCAGCAGAGAGCAGAAAUGGCAGUUUAUUCUCUGACCUGAGCCACAAGUCAAAUCACCACAUUGGCAUUACUAAUCAAGAGAUGACAACUUUAAAGAUUGGGUUAAGGUUUGAAGAAACGGGCCCACCUGAGUAUGUAUGUUCCUUAUAUUCAUGUUAUUAUUUUUAUACUAAGUUGUACUGUAAUAAAUUGCAAUUAAAUACUCUGAUUAAUGCUUUUUACCACCA